UCAACACGGAAGUGAAAAAUGGCGUAGUUAGAAACGGAAAGUCGUUCGUGUUAUUAGCGAUUUAUAUUUCAGUGGGGUCUAACUUACAUUGAGGGCUUUCUUAAUUAAACAUAUCAUACAAAAGGUAUAUCUAUGAUUUAAUUUUGAAAUGUUUUUCUAACAAACUGGUUCUUGAUUUAAAUAUUGACAAAUCAUUCCACUUCUUAAAAGUUCUUGGAAUUUCUUGAGAGAAUUCCAUGGGAAAAGCACAGAGUAAAAGCAGUCGAGGAAGAAAACCACUAUACAGAAAAGACAAAGACUGUCUGAAUAUACCAAAGGAGGGUCAAAUGGGAGCAGGUGUUGUGAAGCUGGAGCAGGAUGGCACACAGACCCGUUUCCACAUAAACCCAGGCCGGGCUAACCAACACAUGGCAACCAGUUCUGCAGGGGGGCAGUGCCAGGGAUGUGAUGCAGUUCUACCACAAAUUGUCAAAAAGAUGGUAUGUAAGGAUUGUGGUCGGACAUUCUGUAACAACUGUUCUUUACAACAUGGACAUGAGCACCAGUGCAAAAAAUGCAACAUUCUGCUUUGUGGACAUUUUACCCGCUCUCAACUAUUACAGUGGAAAGUCAAAGACUUGAAAUGUUUGCUGACAAAACAAAGUGUAAAUACAUCAAAAUGUAAAGAAAAGUCAGAUCUCAUUGACUUAAUUUUUUCAUACUUUGGGAAUACAUCGGAUGGAUAUCAAAGUGAUGAAAACAACACUUCCAGAAACACAGUGCCUGAUGUAGAUGGGGGAACGUUGCCCCGUUCGACAUCUUUCCCAGAGACCUCCAGCUCUGAAGUUGGGGAUGGAACUUCGGUCGACACUGAAACUCCGAGACCCACCCACCAACCAGAACCAGCAUCUGCAGUAAAUACACCAACCACACAGAGCAAAGACAACAUCAUAGAUGACAAUCCUAAUAUAAAGUUAGAUCAGAUACAGUCAGAGGAGGAAAUUGACAGUCUAAAUAACAGGGCCUUGAAACGGCUUCUAGUUAAUAACUUUGUAGACUUUAAGGGCUGUCGAGAACGCUCAGAACUAUUACAACGAGUAAAACGCCUUUGGAAUGAGAAUCAGGUCAACAAAAAGAAAGCUGAUGGUGAGAGAGGUGGCGUGGACAAUGAGUAUGAAAUCUGUAAGAUCUGCAUGGAUGCAGCUAUCGACUGUGUGUUAUUGGAGUGUGGUCACAUGGUCUCUUGCACUAAAUGUGGCAAGCAGCUCUCCGAGUGCCCCAUCUGCAGGCAGUUUGUUGUUAGGGCCGUCCACACAUUCAGGGCUUGAAGAGAAGCUCAAAUGCUGUGUAGUGUGUACAGUAUUAGCAAGUAUACUUACAUAACUGUGCUUUCAAGCAUCUUUGUUCUGGAUGAUAUUGGAGUAUGAUAGCUCAUGUUAUCUUUUUAUAAAAUUAUGUCAUUUUUGUAACAAAUCAGUACAACGUAUUGACCAAGUAUUGGGCUGCAUUUCAAACAAAAAGUCAAACAAAAACACAAAUUGUAUACAUGUACAUACCUUGUGGUCAUGCUUCAACCAUGUACACCAAAUCAAAACAUUUACAAUCAUGUUCUUUUUUCACUUGUACAUCAUGUUAGCAUUUUUUAGAUCACCUGAGAACGAAGUGCUCAAGGUGAGCUAUUGUGAUCACCCUGUGUCCGUCGUCGUUGCCCGUCGUCAAUAAUUUGACUGUUAACACUCUAGAGGUCACAAUUUGGGCACUAUCUUAAUGAAACUUGGUCAGAAUGUUCCCCUGAAUAAAAUCUUGGAUGAGUUCGAUAUUGGGUCAUCUGGGGUUAAAAACAAGGUCACCAGGUCAAAUUAAAGGAAAAGCUUGUUAACACUAUAGAGGUCACAUUUAUGACUGUAUCUUCAGGAAACUUGAUCAGAAUGUUAAUAUUAAUACUCUCUAGGUCAAAUUCGAUUCUGGGUCAUGUGCAGUCAAAAAUUAGGUCACCAGGUCAAAUUGAAGGAAAAUCUUAUUAACACUCUAGAGGUCUCAUUUAUGACUGUAUUUUCAUGAAAGUUGGUCAGAAUGUUUACAUUAAUAAUCUUAAAGUCAAGUUUAAAUCUGGGUCAUGUGCUGUCAAAACCUAGGUCACCAGGUCAAAUCAUAGGAAAAGCUUGUUAGCACUCUAGAGGUCACAUUUAUGACUGUAUGUUCAUGAAACUUAGUCAGAAUGUUUCUAUUAAUUAGCUCUAGGCCAAGUUCGAAUCUGGGUCAUGUGUGGUCAAAAACUAGGUCACUAGGUCAAAUUAAAGGAAAAGCUUGUUAACACUCUAGAGGUCACAUUUAUAAAGGUUUCUUCAUGAAAGUUGGUCAGAAUGUUAACAUUAAUUAUCUCAAAGUCAAGUUAAAAACUGGGUCAUAUGCGGUUCAAAACUAGGUCAUAAGGUCAAAUCAUUGGAAAAGCUUGUUAGCACUCUAGAGGUCACAUUUAUGACUGUAUUAUCGGGAAUCUUGGUCAGAAUGUUUAUAUUGAUUAUCUCUAGGCCAAGUUCGAAUCUGGGUCAUGUGCAGUCAAAAACUUGGUCACCAGGUCAAAAUUAAGAAAAAGCUGGUUAACACCCCAGAGGUCACAUUUAUAACUGUAUCUUAAUGGCAGUUGGUCAGAAUGUUUAUAUUAAUAAUCUCUAAGUCAAGUUUAAAUCUGGGUCAUGUGUGGUCAAAAUCUAGGUCAUUAGGUCAAAUCAUAGGAAAAGCUUGUAAGCACUCUAGAGGUCACGUUUAUGACUGUUUGAAACUUAGUCAGAAUGUUUAUAUUGAUUAGCUCUAGGCCAAGUUUGAAUAUGGGUCAUGUGCGGUCAAAAACUAGGUCACCAGGUCAAAUAAUAGGAAAAGUAUUUUAACACUCUAGAGGCCACAUUUACGACCAUAUGUUCAUGGAACUUGAUCAGAAUGUUAUUGUUGAUGAUCUUUAUUGGAACAGGUGAGCGAUUCAGGGCCUUCAGGGCCCUCUAGGCUCUUAUUUGUAUUUAUAAUCAAAUUCAAAUCAAAAGAGUAAACAAUCACUAGGUAAAAUCCUCUGGUUGAGCAUUGUGAAAUUUCUCGAAAAAUGGAUACUUAUGGUGUAUGCCCUGCACAUACAUGUAGAAAUCAAAUGCAUAUGCAUAAACAUUGAUUUCCAACCAAAAGUUCCUCAAUCACUCAUGUAAGUUCCCAUACUACAGUACAUAUCUAUAUUACAUGUGCAACAUUGUACUCAUCAUUCAGGUAUAGUCUAUUAACUCUUGGCAAAACAGUUCCAUUAUUUUUCAUUGCUUUUCAGCGCAUUUUAAAUCUAUGAAUUUAAAAAUGAAAACUUGUGCUUAACAUUGUUUAUUUCCAAAGCUAUAUGUAGUAAUUAUUCAGUACAAUACAAGUUAUCCAGUUGGAAUUGGUAUUCCAUUGCAUCCAGGCUGUACGCCUCUGAAUGAAUAUCUGCAUAGUGUACAGCACACCAUGCAAUGACCUGCUAUUAUUGUGCUUUUUGUUUUGUUCUUUAAGUUCAUACAAACAUGAUGAUUUGGUAAAAUAAACUGAUUAAGAUAUUUCAUUCAUCAUUUGAAUUGCAUUGAGCUUUGUUUUUAUAAACAGUGAUGUUAAAUUUUGAUGCCUUUAUGUAUUGAUGCUAUCACUGGAAAGCGUUUUGGGUUGGUGAUUUAGAGUAUAUGAGUUAAAUAUCAACAAUUCUUCAAUCAAAUUUUGCUUUAAAUGAUAUUGCUUACCCUAUAUAAUUGAAGUCUAAGGAGAAAUAGCCAAUUUUAUAUUGAUGCAGAGCCAAAAAUUGCAGUUGUGUUUUUUGUCCUUUGCGACUUACUUUUCUGCACACAUAAAGUGUUGUUUAUUUAGCUCACUUGAGCAUGAAGUACUCAAGGUGAGCUAUUAGGAUCAGUCUUUGUCAGGAGUCUGUACAUUCACCAUCAACAAUUGCUUGAAACAAUCUUCCCCAAAACCAUCAGGCCAAUGAAACUUCACAGGAAGCUUCCUAGGGUUAAAUUCUACCAAAAUAAAAGAAGACGUUGCAAGAUACCAUUGACAACAAAAUGGCCGACUUCCAGUUUUGCUAUAAUAAACAUCUCCUCUGGAUUAUGAAUUUACAGAAGGCUUCCGUGGGUAUCAAUCUACAAAAGUACAACAAGUGGUCUUGAUUGUCAUUUACAUUAAAAAAAAAUCUAUCUGAAAUAACCUUUGUCAAUCCAUAUUGUUAAAAUCUUAAAGUUAACCACCUGUUCAAUACAAGCAUGUGAAGCAAACCUUGCUGCAUUGUGUAGUUCAUUAUUAAGAACAUUAUCGGUAAAUUAUGCAAUAUCAGAAAUUCAAUUCAAUUUCAGACUGGUUACACUCAUCAUAGAAAUAUAAUUUAAGAGAUAUUACAAAAAUCAUUCGCCUCUCACGACUAAUUUAUGUCAGACCGCUGUCAAUCUUUUGCAAUGAUUGUACUGGUUGCAUUAUAAUAUAAGUCACUAGCAAUCCUUUAUAGACUGAUUCAUGAACACAAAGACAACACCUGUAAAUCACUACAUGUCAAUUGGGCGUACUACCCAGGCAUGUGGUUUUCUUCACAUAUCUCUGGUGAGCAAUUCAGGGCCAUCAAGGCCAGCCAUCAAGGCCCUCUUAUUUUUUAAAUGCUAUCAACAAUAUAAUAUGGAUGUUAAUGUCUUACAGGACAUUGUGAUAUUGGAUGGAGUAUCUCAAUAGAAAGAGGAGAUACAAUCCUGACAAUGUUAUGGUUACAAAAGGCAAUCCAAUAUAUUGUGCUGUCAGUGGUGUUAAGGUACUUUUAUUUCAUCUUUUGUCAUGUUUUUAUUUUUGUUGUUUUGAUUGCCGUUCACAAUGUGCUUGGCACAUGGAAUUUUGUUCUAUCUUAUAGAUGGCAAGAAUAUGUAAACUUUAUAUACAAGUAAUCAUAAGGACUUUCUCAUCAAUGACCAUAUAAACUUAAGAUAAACAAAUUGUACUUGAUUAAUUAUUUUGUGUCAGACAGUUUAAUGAAUAACAAUCAAGGUUCUACAUGCGUAUUAAAUAAAUCUAUGACUGAUUGAAUUUGAUAAAAUGAUUGGAUUUAAAAUAAGUGUUACGUAAGCCUCUUUUCAAAAAUGGAAAAGAUCUAACCGAUAUUAAGCAAUCUCACAUUACUAAUUAUUGUAAGGUUGUUGAUAAGACUAGCUUUUCAAAUUAUCAGUAUAUCUGCUGAGUAAUUAAACAAUAUUGCAAAUCAAGUGAUUUGCUCAUCGAUUUUAUUUUUAAAAGACAGAACCCAUCCAUCAUGUAUGUAAUAAUUUGUAUGUAUAAAUGAUAGAUACAACUCCUGAAUACUCGAGUUGAAUUCCCAACAUGAAGAUGACAUGUGUUGUAAGAUAACAUAUAUGUUAGCUAUUACUUUUGUACCUGAACUAUUAUUCUCUUACUGCUGAAAAGAUUUAUAAAUGACACACAGUUGAAGAUCGUCACACAAAGCUGAAGAUUGCCAAACAAAGCUGAAGAUCGCCACACAAAGCUGAAGAUCUCCAUACAAAGUUUAAAAUUGCCACACAAAGCUGAAGAUAGCCACAGAUCUUAAAUAAACUUGGCACAAAUUUUUAAAACACAUAAAGAUGUCAACACCAUACGGACAAAGCAUGUUUAUGCCAUGUUUGUUACUUCAAGGUCACUAUUCGGGACUGGAUUGGCAUCAUUCGUGUCUGUUCCAUAACCCUUCAGCUGAAAAGACUUUGAAAUGAAGUUGGCGUCACUGGUCACUUUUAAGUGUUGAGACAAAAAUUUAUGUCCCUAUCAUUGACAUGUUUAUCUCAUAGAGUAUGUUGGGUGGUCAUAGUGUUUCCCCUGUGUACAGUAGUUGACAAAACAUAAGUAUAAACUUGUAAGCAUCAAAGAAUGAAAUUGAAAGUUAUUCAAUGGAAAGUUAAGAAAAAUAUACUGUGUAUUUUUCACUUUUUAUCUUUUUGAUAUAAAUGUAACAAUAGAUAUGGUCUGUUUUCAGGAUCACGCACCUGGGGGCCGGUUCGAUUAAGAUCUUAGUUGAGUUGAUUUUAGUUGUAAAUUGAAAAAAAGCGAUUCUAUCAUAUUUUUGUUAUAUUGCGGAAAUAUAUGUGAAUUAACUUAACCAGUAUUGAAAAUGAACACAAAGUUGAGGAAAUAUUUUUUUUUAGAGUGUGUUGCUAUUUGUGAAGUUUAUACAGAUUUCAGAUUAUUGAGGUCACAACUUAAGACCCUUUCUGAAAUGCCCCCUGAUUAUAUGGAUGAUUUCUUUGGAGAUCAUUAAAAAAAACUUGAUUUGAAAUGUGCUAUGUGAACAUUCAUCAUGUUUUGAUGGUGAUGUAUGAAUGCUACAUGCACACAACAUUGAGCUCAAACAUGACCAAAACCCAUACUUAACUCAGCUGAUUAUUUGUUUGUGUUUUACAUGCAAAAAGAUUUAUUUUGUGAAAGUUUGUUGAAGUUAUUUUUAUUGUGAAAAUAAAAAAUGAAAUUAUA